AUGUCAACCAAAGUUGCUCAAGGAAAGUCAAAAGACGACUUGAGCAUUCCAGAAGGUGGUUUAAAUCUGAUACCAUUGAAUUCCGAUAGAAGAACUAGAUCAAACUCACCUGUCAAAAACAGAUACAGUCUACCACCAAAUUUAACUGACUACAAGUUACCCUCAAUACCUAGAAUGGACGAUGAUAUUAAAUCAAUCAUGAGUUCUACUUCUUUUAAUCAAGAAAGAUUGAAACAAGCAGCAAAGUCACCUAUUGCCAAAAGACUACACAUUAUUGCUUCAAACUCAAACUCACCAAAUAAUGGAGGUAAAUAUACAAUUCCAAUUCCAUUCACAUUGAAAUUACCACCAAAAUUAAGUUCUGUCAACACAACCAGAGAAACUUCAGCUGCUUCUUCAGUUGUAUCUUCCCCACAUGGAAGCAGAGCUGGAUCUCCCACAAGAUCUAUGGAAUCUUCCAGAUCAAACUCACCAUCGAAAACCAAACAAUCAAAAUUGGUAUUCACUAGAAAUGGGUACGAAAAAGUGGACCUGUCACUGGACUCAGAUAGUGAUAUUGAAAAUAGUUUAUUAAACAUGUCUUUACUGUAUCAAGACGAUUUGAAUAAAAGAAUUGCAUUAUCAAAGAGAACUGUUCCUCCACCAUCAGUUUCAACGAAUAAUUCCAAAUUUGCAAGCAAAGUUUUUCUGUCAAGAAAUACCGAUGAGUUGAGUAUCAUUGAGGAAGUUUCAAACUGUGGAUCCAGACAUUCAAGUGUGCUUAGUAAGUUGAAUUCUGCUAAAAAGGAAGCAGAUACCGAAGCACAACAACAAAAAACGGUGGUAACUCCAAUUCCAAUUAAAGCAACAGCUAAACCAAGCCAUGCUCUAAUUUCACCUUUUAAUAAUCCUCAAAUAAAAGAUACUCCAUCUAAACAACAAGACAAAAGUCUUCCUAAAUUGCCAACAACAGACAUCAUUCCACCUAAACAAGAAACUGCCACAUCGGAUAAAAAACUAACACCAGGUCCAGAUCGAACAUCGGUUCCAAACUUUAAAACUCACAAAUAUAACAAAUCAUUACCAGCCAUCCCAGUGCAUAGAAGCACCACUAAUGGACCAAAUAAAAGCCAAGUACCUAAAUCUCAAAGAGAAACUAAUUUGAAUAUGUUGACCCAUGCUAGUGAUCCUGACAAAGCUCCAAAAAUCCACAAGAGAAGUUUUAGUGAUGAGUCGCACGUAUCAUCUGUUAGUUCUUUUAGUUCGGUUGGUGAUUUUAUGCAUAUAGCCAGAUUGCAAGCAAUGUCACCACCAGCUGAAAAGCUUCGUUUCAUUAAUUUUAAUCAUGGGAAUAAUCAAAAUCAAUUGAAAAUACAACCCAAAAGCAAUAAUGUUAAACCAAAUGAUUCAACUGAAAAGCUUGAAAAUCCCAAAAAAUCAGAAACCCAAGAUUCCAGAAUGUUGUUUAUUCCACCUCAAAACAUUCGAAAUGUUUCUUCUUCAAGUACUUCCUCAUUCCAAUCUCUGGGGACUAGCAGUAGUUGGGAUUCCUUGCAAAAGUCCAUUGACAUUACUCUUGGGUCUAGACCUGACGAAGAAAUUGUCACUAAGAAAAGUAUAAAACCAACAACAAAAGUGACGAAAAUACUUGGAGGCAAUAACCAGAGUGAUGAUGGUUCUUGGCUGGACACUAGUGAAUCAGACAGUGAAGAUGAAAACAAUAGCAAUAACCAAAUCACUCAAGAAUAUGAAAACACGAAACCUUUGAACAUUCACAAAGAAGAAGUCAGUAAUGACAAGACAGUAUUAAAUCUCAUGAAUGUCAAUAAUACAGAAAUUAACAGAAACUUCUAUUUUCCAAAUACAUUUGAAAACUCAACCAAUAGCCAAGAAGUCAAAGAUAGAGUACCCCAGGAGAAUAAUAGAAAAGCUAGACAUAGUUUCUACUCCAGUAAUGGUCAAAUAGAAAUUCCUGAUUUGUCAGAUAAGAGGUUCUCAGAUGAAUAUUCUUCUAUUGCCCCAUCAUCGUAUAAUGGAACUACCUUCUCGGAAAUAAGGACAGAAAUUUCUGUAUCAGAUGUUGAUGAUGAAAGCAACACUAAUUUGAAAAUUGGUGUUCCUGGUAGAGAUGCAAUUAAACAUUUAAAACAACAAUAUAGUGCUCUUGGAGAUGAUUCUGAUGCAGAUUAUGCUAGCAAUAUUACAUCAUUAUACAAUACUGGUGCCAAUUCAGACAAAAUGCAAAUGAAACCAGCAUCCGUUCAACCUCAAUUGGAAUGCAAUUUGUUAGUACCGGGAAGACGUUCACCGGCAAAACACGCAAGACACAAAUCAAUGUUCAACAUUGAUUUUGAUUUAGGUAAAGGCAAAAACAAUUCAAACCAUUCAAGACACAAAUCAGUUGAUAUAUUGAGUGAGAUGACGACUUUCGGUAAACAACAAUCUAGAGCUAAUACAGAUAGUCGAUCUGCCGGUGGUGAUUUGGAUGAAUCAGCUGGAUCAAAAUCAAGGAUAAACAUAGAACAACCUGUGGCGCCAUUAGUUAUCACCAGAAAACCAUCAUCUGAAAGUAAACAUGUCAACAAUAAUAUACAAAAAGAAGAACAAAACCAGGAACAGGAAGAAAUUUUAAACAUCAAAGUUGCAGAACCUCCUAAGAAAGUCGAUUAUGCGGUUGACUUCAAGGAAUCAAAUUCCCAAGAUGAUGAUUUUGGAACACCAUUUAUAACCCCUCGCAUUGGCUCUAGAUCCAUUGAAACAAGUAGUGGUCGAAAUAUCGGUGCUAUUACGAAAUCAUUAAAACCCAAAACUAGACUGGUAACUAGUAAAGGAGAAGACUCUGAUUCAGAAACUGAAAGUGUUGUUAUUGACUUGACAAAAGACAAAUAUGACGUUGUUCAUGUUAUUGGACGGAAAGAUUCCACCAGAUCAUAUAAAUCAACCACUGAAACAAUCAAUGGGAAAAAUGUGGAAGUUGUAUUAGUUGAAGAUGAAGAUGAAGAUGAAGAAGAAAAUGAAGAAAUUUACGAUGAGUUAAUGAGUAUUUAUUCCAAAUACAGAAAUGAUUCUUGGUUAUUUAGGAACAAUUCUACUACAUCUUCAACCGCAUCAUUUUCUAGUAGAUCAUCAUCUACUUUAAGACAAAAAUAA